AUGCCAGGUUCUUCUAGCAUCGCCACCAUGAAGAAGGUAGUUCAGCAACUGGGGCUCAACUGUGUGAAGGUUUCCCAGGCAGCUGCAGACUUGAAACAGUCCAAGUUUCAGAGUGAUCAGCAUGACCCACUGCUCACUGGAGUAUCUUCAGAUUCUUUCAGACCCCAGAAAGUCUGCCCUUUUUUGAAGUCAUAUAUCUUGAGGAUUCUCAAACCACUUUUUGUGAACCAGUGA